UACUGAACGGAGUAGUGAUGUUCAAAUGUUGGGUACAAACAGUAGCAAACAUGCAACGAGUUAGAAUUUGGACACCAUAGCUUUGAACGUGUAUAUAGUGCAAUGCGUCUUACUGUGGAAACUUUAUGAACAGAAGUAGUGUUUAAUUAAGAGCUUAAUAUGGAGCUAAGCGAGGAAGACAUCAAUGUAGAAACGCUGAGAAAACAUAUUCAGUUACACCUGUAUGAAGCUGGCAUAAAAACUCAUGUUCGAGAACUUAUCAAUAAAUUAGGUGAGCAGAGUGUGGACUCAAACAGAGAAUUAGUUGCUCAAAAAAUUUUGAAUGCUUUACAAGGGAAAGGUAUUCUGGAUGAUGUCAUCAAAACAUUCAGUAGUAAGAAACCUGAAAAUUUUGCAGGUGGAUCAAGGAAGAAGGAAACCAGAGAACAUGAUGUUAAUGGCACAUUCGUCCUGGGUGUGAAACAGUACGCACUGCCAACAAGAAAAUUUCAUGAAUCACCAUCAAACAGGGAAGUCACAAGCAGCCCUGCAGACAAUCCAUCUGACAGACUGGGUCAGUUCAGAACACAGUUAGAAAUUGAAGUUAGAAGUGGAAAAGCAUUCAUUGACUUCUUGUUGGAAGAACAGCUGUCCUUGAAUAGCAGUGAUUCUUGGCUCAACAUUUUCUUUUAUUUCCGGGGUCAGAGGCGUUGGGUUAAGCCCACAAUAUGUGCUUGUGAACCCCAGUUCAGUGGAAAUUUCACAUUUGAACUUAAUGUGCCACACAUAGGACAACUCUUGGCAAUUUCUGAUCCAAUCCAUAUUGUUCUUCAGAAGGUAUCAUCAUCUGGUGAGAAACGACUUCUGUCUUCUCACUUCAUGGAUUGGAGAGAGAUCCUUGUUUGUUCUCAGUCACAGAAAUGUUUCAUGGUGGAGUUUCUGGGAGUUGGAGCUGAAAAUACUAUACCAGUUGGAACAGUGGAAGUUAAAGUGUCACUGGUGCCUGCCUUAAGCCAGCCACUAUCACAGAAUGUAAUUACUGCCCAAAAGAAUUUGGAGAAGUCGGUGAGAACAGAAAGGUGCAAAAUAUUUUUGCUGUAUGCUAAAACAUGGUGGAAGGAUUAUUUAUCAGUUAGGUCAGAGCAUUCCACAAGAACUGUCAAAAUAUAUGCUCAAGAUGAAAAUUUGGAAACAAAGCCAGUAUUUACAUUCUUGAAGGCCAUGGAAGUGGGAAGACCAUUUUUGGAAACACCAAGACAAGCAGCAUGGUUUGUUUCACUGAUACCUUUAGAAAAUCCUGCCGCAUCAAACACUUUACCCUUCAAUGGCCAUUGGAAUAAUCUUCAUACGUUUUUAUGCUGCAGGAAGGGUGGCCCUGCAGAUCAUGCUCUUCUCUUAUGCAGCCUACUGCUUGGGUUUGGCCUAAAUGCUUUUGUCUGUAUUGGCACAAAAGCUGAUGGCAGUCCAUGGGCAUGGGUUCUUACACAAGGAAACAAGAAAUAUGUCACAUUUUGGGAAAGUACGACUGGGACUCGCUAUAGACAUGAAAAUCCUUGUGGUGGCAAAGUACAACCCAAUAAAAAAGCUGAUCAUAACUACAAGACAAUUGGAAGUGUCUUUAACAACAGGCAGUUUUAUGCAUCAGUACAGGAAUCUUAUGCAGUAGAACACUGUAACUUCAACUUUAAAAAUGAAUCUGAAUGGAAGAGCAUGUCAGAAGCAGCAAUAAAUUCUGUACUUGAAAAAGAACCACAUGUUCCUUUAGUUGGAGGAUAUCUAGAUGCAUUACAAAUAAGCAGGAACAUACAAAAUGAACUGAAGAAAAAUAUAACAGAAAAGAGAAUGGAUUUUAAUCUACUGACGCGCUGGGACCGAAACCUGGAGCAAUAUUUGCUGCAGCUCUUAGCAUCAUAUGAAACAGCACGCCAGACUGGAACAGCUUUGGUUACAGAAGAUUUUGAAGAAAUUAUUGAUAGUAAUAUCCCAGAAGAUUUUACAUUCAGAGCACUGCCUUUACAUGUUAGUGACAUUCCAGUGAGGCGAAUUUUUGGACAUUGCAUGAGGCAUCCUCUAAUACGGGAUAUAAUUCUCUGCAAAGAGCCAGAUGUGAAAUUAGCAUUAGGCGUCUCUGCAUAUGUUUAUCCAGAAAAUAUUAUUUCACUGUGGCUAAUAGUUGCCUGUAAAUACAGAAUAAUUAAAGAUAAAAAUUUGAUUUAGUUGAGAUCUUUGUUUACAUAGAAUCUCUGAUUUUAUGGGGCACAAUUACACCUGUGUGUUAUUAGGACUGAUGACACAAAUGUAUUUGAGUGUGAAGAUUUUGUAGCAUUUCCAGUCUUCCUUUGUAGAGGACUGAUUUGACUUUCUUUGUAGAGAAAUGAUAUGAGUCAAUUUGUGCAGCAAUGCAUGUCCACAUCAUGUUACUGAAGUUGUACUAUUGUAUACUGAAUACUGAAAGAAUGAAAAUAA